AUGGCUAUCGACAAUAAGCACACUCAAACUUCUACUUAUUGCGCCAAGACUAACCUUCUCCGGCUGAUUUUUCUCGUGAGGCGAAUCAUCAUGAUCAUGAUGCUUUACUGUCCACCUCUCUUAUGAAACGCAAUUGUCCUACUUCUAUGAGCCUACCGGGUGCGUCGAAAACCAAAAAAAAAAAAUUUUAACUAGCUAUUUACCUAGCUAUUUUAAGUAUAUAUAUAUAGAUAUUAACGCGCGCGCGAGCAAGGCACGAGACGCUAGUCGCAAGGCUUCGCAGAAGAAGGCAGGCAGUCCGGCUUUCGCAGGCUAGCUUAGACAACGCCCUUUUAAUAUAAUCCCCAUGCACACCACACACGGAAGACUAUUUGUUGGCCGAUGACCCGGGUCAAAACGCUAGACCCGUAAUGUUGUGACAAGUCGGUCUGCUGAUUCA